UCUGAAUUUUAUUCGUUCCAAUUGUCCAAUCUCGAAAGAACAGUGGUAGUAGAUAAAACGGCAACAGCAUGACUGAUACUAGCCAAUGUAAAUUCAAUCAGAGUUACCGUUUUAAAUGGAACAACUAUCAGAAUCAUCUGUCUGACGUCGUGCGGCAGCUUUUGGAGGAGGACUGUAUGGUGGAUGUCACUCUAUCCGCAGAUGGUCAACGUAUUCAUGCGCAUCGCAUUGUAUUAUGCGCGUGUAGUAUUUUGUUUCAAGAAGUGUUGAGUCAAGUUACAGAAGAUUAUCCAACGAUUAUUCUAAGCGAUAUAUCUCCUCAGGACAUAAAAUCAAUUAUUGAAUUUAUAUAUCAUGGCGAAAUUCGUGUCCCUGUUGAAAAUAUCAAUAGUUUACUUGAAGCUGCACGAUCGUUAAAAAUAAAUGGUCUUAUUAAUAUAGAUGGAGUUGAAGAAAACGAAAUUAUUAGAGUAAAAAAAGAACGAGCAAUGGAAAAAACUGUAUCAAGGGUAGAGGAAAUUCAGGAUAAUGUUGAAUCUUUGGAGAAUGAAACUCAUGAACCAAGUACUACUGAAGAUUGUAUUUCAAAUAAAAAGAAGAAACGACGCCGUGACACUGUAAAGAGAGAUUAUAGUGAUGAUAUGUUAGCAUCUGCAAUUAAUGAUUUGAAAUUAGGACAAACUUUAAUAGAAGCUGCUACUAAGCAUAAUAUACCACGUUCAACAUUGUAUAUGCGGGCGAAAGCAUUAGGCAUACAUUUAAAUGCAUCAAGAAAUGGAUAUCCUGCAGAAUGCAUGAAUGCAGCUAUAAACGCCGUGAUCAAUGGUUCGAGCUUGCAGCAUGCAUCAGAAAUAUUUAGAAUACCUAAAACCGUAUUAUGGAGACGUAUACAAAAGGAGGGCUAUCAGAUUUUACGUCGUGAAAUGAAAAGGUCUUAUGCUUUAGACACAAAAGAGGCUGCUGUUAAAGCUUUAGAAAGAGGGGAAAAUUUGACAAAAGUUGCUUUGGAGUUUAAAAUACCAAAGACUACAUUGUUCAGAGAAAAGGCACGGCUAGUAGAUCAAGGUAAACUACCGUUAUCGUUUUGGAAGAAGCGCAAAACUGAGAAUGAGGAAUCAAAGAAAUCGCGAUUAGAGGAAGCUGUAGCUGCUUGCAAAGGUGGUAAAAUGUCACAGGCUGCAGCAUCCAUGAUGUAUCGCAUUCCAAAAACCACGAUAUGGCGAAGACUUCAACAAGAUGGGAAAAAAGCGGAAAAAUCAUCGAAUGUGAAAAAGCAACAACUAACCGACAUGCCAGUCUUGCACGACUCUCAAGCGAAAAUACAAGACACCUCCAAUUUCAGUUAUUGCGAGAAUGUGGUUACAUCAGAAAUACCUAUAACUUAUAUAGACGAGGAUAGUAUACCUGAGGAUUCUGUGAUAAUCUUAACAACGGAAGAAAUGGAUGAAUUAAACUUGGAAGGAGGCAGACAAAUUAUUGUAAAUUCGGAAUCCGGACAGGAAUAUAUUCCAUGUACAAUAAGUAUCGAGAAUAAUUCUAACUAUACCGAGACUGAGAGUUAACGUCAGAAAGUAAAUAAGUAUUGGAAAGCUAAUUAACUAUGGAUAGGAGA